GCAGGCUACACAAGGCACGAUAAUUCAGUAUACCUCUUAACCUGAUGUCACUUGGACCAACCUGAGCACUAGAAUACAAGAAUGUCUAAGGAGCAUGUCCUGCUUCAAUAGUGAUAGCUUUGUGUUUUGUUUGUUUAACCUCUCUACCAUUUUGGGGUCCUAAGUCAAAAGAGUUAAACGCACAAUCCCUCUUCUCUACCCCACAAGAAAGUGAAAUUACAAACACGUUGUCUCCUUAGAUUCCUUUCUUUUUCUAUUAACAAUGCACUCUAUUCUCUCUUUGAUUUCCUUACAUAUAUACUGGUGGGGACUCUCCAUUGUUCUUUUUGUCAGGAUUCUCUUCCACUCACUAUAUACCAAUGGAAAGGAAUAGAAUUACAACAAGACACUAGAUUCUCUCUCCCAUCAUUUUUUAAGCACCACACUCUCCUUUGCUUUGCUUUGCUUUGCUUUUUUGAUAUGAAUCCAGUCAUGGCUAGAAGCUCAAACAACAUGUCCUCUAAGAGACAUUUUCAUUGGACAAACAAGGUUGGUACUGAAGAAGCUGAAGCUCACACUUCAGAAUCAUUUUCUACACUCAUUCAGAAGGAGGACAUAGAGCGUCACAAGGUUAUUGAUCUUGAGGCUUCAUCAGAUGCUAAACCCACUACAAAUGCAACAAGGAGGAAGCUGAGAGCAGUGGCGAUCUCAAGGCUUCGUUCAGCUCUCACUGUGUUUGGCAAGAACCGGUCGAACACACCAUUCGGCCUCGGUUCUACUUCUCGGGUAGUCGGCACACUCUUUGGUUAUAGACACGGCCAUGUACAUUUUGCAUUUCAGAAGGACCCAACUUCCCAAGAAGCCUUUUUGAUUGAGCUUGCAACGCCGAUCAGCGGUUUGGUUCGCGAAAUGGCAUCCGGGUCAGUAAGAAUUGCUCUGGAAUGUGACAAGGAGAAACAAGUAGAAAAGAAAGGAUUGAGGUUGCUGGAAGAGGGUCUGUGGAGGACAUAUUGCAAUGGCAAGAAAUGUGGUUUUGCUAACAGAAGAGAAUGUGGUCAAAAGGAGUGGGAUAUUCUGAAAGCUGUUGAGCCAAUUUCAAUGGGUGCUGGUGUUAUACCAGGAGGUGAUAAUGGAGGAGCAGAGGGUGAACUUAUGUACAUGAGGGCAAAGUUUGAGAGAGUUGUUGGGUCUAGAGAUUCUGAAGCUUUCUAUAUGAUGAAUCCUGACAGCAAUGGUGUUCCUGAGCUCAGCAUUUAUUUGCUUAGAGUCUAGCAUGUCAUGCAAGUCCUGUUUAUUGUACUUAGUUUUCUUUUUCUCAUUUUGUUCUUGUGGAAUUGUGGGUGGGUUAUUCUUUGGUAUACUACUUGCUUAGCUCUUAAGUCAUGAUGAACAUGGAGAUCUAGUUCUCUCCAGGUUUUCCUUUUCUGUUUUCUUUUUCUAUUUUUAUUGGAGGUAUAAGUGAGUUCAAGAAAUGUAAGAUUAAUAAUCAGUACUGUAGUAGCUAUUCUCAGUGAUCUCAGCUGUUGAUCAAGAUUUGACAAAAGUCGCAAUGUAAACUGUCAGAUUUCUUCUAUAUAACAGCUUGAGUGAGCAGUAAGAAAUUCCAAAGGUAAGGAAUUUGGCUAUGUAGGUUCACUGUUAUUUUUGUUAGAAUAGGCAAGUAGGCCAAGUCAGAAAGGGGGAUAUAGUAGCAUGGUAAUAGUGAGGUGGGUCAUGAAAGGUGUAUAUGUGUGAUUUUCUUAUUCCAAUCCUUUAAUUAAUGGCAAAAGACAGAGGUUAAUGCAGAUCAUGAUUGUCUACACAAUUUUUAUUCCAACAAGUAACUUCUCGUCUACUGUGAUUACUCCAACCUGCCGUGCUGCCAAACCAGCCCACUUGUAAUUCGUCAUGCAAUCAUAUUCAAUGCUAAACGGUUAAUUUACGCACAAUGUUCCCUUUUCCCUCGCGUGCUGAAUGAAUAUAUUUUGGGUUCAUGUGAGCUUAAGUGGAUACAUUUUGCGUUUCUAGUUCCUACAUCCUGGGUUUAAUAUGUUUUGAGCCAGAGUUUGAUUUCUGUUCAAUAGCUUCUUUUUCAGUUUAGUUCUGAAUCUGAUACCCUUAGAGCGGUAAAAAUGAAAGUUAAAUAUAGUUUAUAGA